AUGGAGGCUAAUUUUUCUAUAUACACAAAUCUACUUACUUUAGAACCACUGGACAUAUCACCAUCUAGCAUUCUACCAGUAUUUAUCUGUGGGAUUCUUACUUAUUGUGCUAUUUUGCUUUUCAAUGUUACGUUUAUGCUAACAAUCGCUUUGAAUCAAAAACUCCAUAAACCAAUGUAUAUACUGUUGUUUAACAUGCCAGUCAAUGAUAUUGUAGGAGCCUCUGCUUUUUUCCCUCAGAUUAUGUCAAGUAUACUGUCACAGAAUAGAUCAAUCACUUAUUCUGCAUGCUAUGUGCAAUCCUUUCUGGCACACUUGUAUGGGUCUGGAUCAAUUCUCAUUUUAACCGCUAUGGCUUAUGACAGGUAUAUUGCAAUUUGCUGCCCACUGAAAUAUAACACCAUAAUGUCUCCAAAUAACUUGUUAAAGGUAAUUCUUACAAUAUGGACCCUAGAUUUUACAAUGAUUGGUUUGCUACUUGCACUUAGCUACCGUGAAGAGAUUUGUAACACAAGAAUUGUAGACAGUUUCUGUAAUAAUCCAAGUUUGAUGAAGUUAAUUUGUGGUGAUGUAAGUUUGAAUAACUACUAUGGACUAUUUAUAACAUUUUUUCUUCAAGGAAUAUCAGUGGUUAUAGUGUUAUUCACAUACAUCCAAAUUCUAAUCACCUGCCUCUCUAAAGCACACUCUGAUUCAAAAAGCAAGGCAAUUCAGACAUGUAGUACACACCUAGUUGUUUUCUUAUGUGUAGAGUUCAAUGCACUUUUUGCCCUAAUUUCACACCGAUUUCAGAAUGUAUCCCAGUACUUAAGAAGGGCCCUUGGUGUAUCUGUAAUGAUAUUUCCUCCCUUUUUAAAUCCUUUAGUAUAUGGUUUAAAGAUAAAGGAAAUUAGACAGAACAUUCCUGGCUACUCCCUUAAAAAAUAUUUC